AAGCGUAGGCGGUGCAGGUCCACGGGUUUUCCCGUGUUUCCCCCUCCGAGAAUGGGAGCGGCGCAGGGGCGGGGCCUUCCGGAAGAAGGGGCGGGGCCUCCCGGAAGGGGCGGUGGCGGUGCCCUUGCGGGUGGUCGGCAGGCAGCCUUUAAAGCUCACGCUUGGCCUCGGCACCUGCGCUUCGUGUGGAGAGGAGUAUCUGCGCAGCGCCAUGUUGUGCCGGGCGGCGUGCAGCACGAGCAGGAAGCUGGUACCAGCUUUGGGAGCUUUGGGCUCCAGACAGAAGCACAGCCUGCCUGACUUGCCGUAUGAUUAUGGCGCCCUGGAGCCGUACAUUAACGCUCAAAUCAUGCAGCUGCACCACAACAAACACCACGCCGCUUACGUGAACAACUUAAACAUCGCUGAGGAGAAGUAUAAAGAGGCGCUGGCAAAGGAUGAUGUUACAACCCAGAUAGCUCUCCAGCCUGCGCUGAAGUUCAAUGGCGGAGGUCACAUUAAUCAUAGCAUCUUCUGGACAAACCUGAGCCCUAAUGGCGGUGGAGAACCCAAAGGGGAAUUGCUGGAGGCCAUCGUACGUGACUUUGGUUCCUUUGAGAAGUUUACGAAGAAGUUGACAGCUGUGUGUGUUGGCGUUCAGGGUUCAGGCUGGGGUUGGCUUGGUUUCAACAAGGAACGGGGACUCUUACAGAUUGCCGCUUGUUCUAAUCAGGACCCACUGGAAGGAACAACAGGUCUUAUUCCACUGCUGGGGAUUGAUGUGUGGGAGCAUGCUUAUUACCUUCAGUAUAAAAAUGUCAGACCUGAUUACUUAAAAGCUAUUUGGAAGGUGAUCAACUGGGACAACGUAACUGCAAGAUACAUGGCUUGCAAAAAGUAAAACAUUAUCAUUGUACUGCGUAGGUCAAGCUCUUGAUGACUAUUUUUGUAGUGGUGUAGAGUAUUGCAAUAUACUAAUAAGCUGCUUUAUUGUAUAUCAUUUCUUAAAUGUUGCUUAUUCAAAUAUGUGAUAAACAGAAUUUAAUGCUAUGAAUGUUCGGUUGUUUUAAAAUUUUGUUAUUGGGCAGUUGUGAAAAUAUUGAAUGCUUUGCAUGAUUUAAUUUUUUGAUUGAAUGUUGUCUUCAGAGAGCUGAGAGCCUAACCAAAAAGAAAACCCUUUGCCGUCGAGUCAAUUCCAACUCAUAGCGAAGAUAGCCUAGGAGGUUGUAAUUGUCAUCAUGAAACCCAUCAAAAAUAUUCCAUCCCUAGAUGAUUGGGACCCGUAGGGAAGCCUUUCUAAUCCUCUUCUAUUGCAAUUAUAGAAAAUCUAGUCUUGCCCCAGCUUGACAGUAAAAUCCACCCAAGGGAAAUUACUCAAUUUUCUACUGAAAAUGGCUUUCUGUAAGUAAUCCUCUGCCUACUAUAACGUCUGAUAGAUAUCACCCAGUGGUCUUUAUUGUGGAUAGCCCCAUGUUUCACAGAGUUAACACAUAUUUAAAAAAAAAGAAAAACUAGAUUGGUAAUUGAGAACUGCUUUAUUAUAAAAAGAUAGUUGUGUUUUUGAAUUUUUCAAAUAUGAAAACUAUAAUGUGAAAUUUUGUCCUUAAGAUAAAUGUAUCGUAUAAAAGUGCUCAAAGUGGACAAAUUCGGGCCUUGUUGAUAAAAUCGAUGACAGAAGUUAGACCACAGAUGUUUCUGGCCAGGCUCCUGCCCCUGCAUGACACCUCCUUCCUGAGCGUCCCUCGGUCAAGCACAGCCCUCCCCAGGAGGGCAAACUGACCUCAGGACGAGGCUGGCCUCACUCCUCCCUCAGAACCAAUUAUUUUCCAAGAUGUGCUUUUGAGUUAUUCUGUCUUUUUUGUUGUUUUUCAUUUUCUUUUCCAAAAUGUACAAUCACUAUAUAUUGUGUUGUUUUUCAGUAAAGGAAAAAUAUACCCACAAGACAGUGACACCGCAUGUCAAAUUCUGUUCCUGUUUAGUUCUUGCAAACUGAGCUGUAUUCUAUGUAAAUGUAGCAGGGAUCCUUUUUUGUAUUUGGUUAACCCAUUGUCAUGCAUUCCCCCAUGAUGUUCAUCCUCUUCCUAAUGAUUUUAAUCGAUGUGUGAUGUUUUAUCCAUUGGACAUUUCCGAAUUUAUUUUACUGGCUGUAUUACUGGAUAUUUUGCCUGUUUCCAGUUGUUGUUAUAAAUAAUGCUAUUGGAAUAUUCUCUAUAUAGGUUUUCUUUUAAACCUAUUUAGUAACAGGAAGUCUUCCCAACUUCAUCUUUCUAUUUUUAAUUUUCCCCCAACAUAAUUGUUAUAUAUGUAUUUUUUUUUCAUGGAAAAAUGGAGUAACUUAGAAGUUUCAAUAUUGAAGACUGAAGUUUUUAAAAAAAAUUCAAGGCACUUUUCUCUUAGAAUCCAAUUAGAAAGCUAUUCAGGCUUUCAGGAUUGUCAGCAGUGCUGGUGAGACCAUUGAUGACUCUGUGUGUGCGCGCGCACUUAUGUUUGUGUUCAUUCAUUGAGAAAGCUGGAGACUGUGAUUGCCAUUCUUUAUAUACCACAGCCGUGACUUUCAUGGGGCUCAGAUGGGAGUCAUGUGAUUACUGCUUGUCUAUGUAAACAGUGUUUAAACAGACCAGCUAGAAAACUAGGGUCCUUUCGAAAGACGCGCUUUUGAAUACAAGUAGUAGUCAACUAGAUCUUGCUUUGUAUGGAACUAACAAAUUUAUGCAGAGAUUACUGAUUUAUAUAAAGCUUUUGGGCUCCUACUAAGCUUUAAGAUUGCAAAACUAUUCAAUAUUGAAAUUUCUGUGGGGCUCUAUUUUUGCUUUGAGUUUAUGUUGAGAGAACAGUGGAAGGAGGAGGAAAGCACGCUGCUUCAGUAGAGCAUUUUCCUCCCCGUCGGGUAGGUUUGUUUAAGAGAUCAAGGUCACUUAAACCAACUACAGACUUUAAUCAUCCAGCGGAAAAUGAGAAUGUAGGAUUCUGUGGGGCCCCGUUUUCAUAAGAGAGAAGAGAAGAAAGUAAAAGUGCAGUUUCUUCCGAAAGAACGUGUAGUUUUCAUCCAAGGGGAGCUUGUGAUGACGCAGCAGGGCCCGCCCACCCGCGUCACCGAUGUGCCAGAAGAGCCUCUGAAUGACAGGUGCUGAAAGGACACAAGGACGCAGAACAACUCCUGCCUGUGAAAUAGUAUUGUGGCUUGAACUGUAGUGUAAUAAUUAAACUUUCAUGUUGAGAAAUUACCGCUUGAUUGCACUCUCAAAUUCAUGAUAUUAAAGUGAGGUUUGUGUCUGUAUUGAGCACCUUUUAAAUAAAAUUUAGAUUGAU